AUGUACGAGCUUCUCAGACAUUUUCCCGUCAUAGCCAAUCCCAAUCCCGAUCCCUACACACGGCUUCAUAUCACGCCCCUAGACGCCGAUCUGCUCGGCGUCGUGCUCUCCUCCUCGAUCCGCCCCCGGGCGCGCAACGUGUCCUACCACACCCUCGAGGCCUUCCCGGAGCGGCGGUACGGCUUCGUCGAGCUGCCGGCCUCGGACGCCGACAAGAUCAAGCAGAAACUCAACGGCGCCGUGCUGAAGGGCGUCAAGAUCCGCAUCGAGCAGGCCCGGCCCGAGAUCAGACCGGUCCCGCUCGGAGACGCCGCCAUGGCCGGGGAGAAGGCCCCGAAGAGGGAGAGGAAGCCCAGGGACAGCGACAAGUUGCGGAAGCGGAAGCGCGAGGGCGAGGAGAUCCCCGGCGUCGAGCUGGAGCCCGGCCGCAAGGUCAAGCGCGGGUGGACCGUGCCGGCCGAUGAGUCCCGGACCCGGAAGGUCAAGGAGAAGCGGGAGAAGCGGGACAAGUCGGAUAAGUCGGGAAAGGACAAGGACAAGGCCAGGAAGGAGAGGCGGGAGGUCAAGUCCAAGUACACUGAGCACGCCGAGUGCUUGGUCAAGUCAAGCGUGCCAAACACCACCGCCGCCCCCGCCGCCAACGACGGUGACGACGGCGAGGCCGAGGGCAAGAAGAAGCGGAAGAAGUCCAAGACCAAGGAGGUAGUGAUCCACGAGUUCGAGAAGACGACCAAGUUCCCCACCUUCCUUAAGACCGCGGGUUCGUCUUCCUCGGCGCGGAAGCCCAACCUAGAAUUCGUCGACGGCAAGGGAUGGGUUGACGAGGAGGGCACCGUCGUGGAGGCCGUCAAGACGAGGUCUACCAUCACCAUUGCGAGCGGGACCCCUGCGGCAAUCAGCAGCGAUAGCAAACCGUCGUCGGACGAGUCCGAAGACGAGGCCCCCAAGGAGAAAGACACCGCCGAGAAUAGCGUCCAGCCAACGGAAACCUCCACGCCCUCGGUCCGGGAAAAGAGCAAGCCCACCGAGCCCAUCCCCGCCCCGCCGUCUUUCCCGACCCCGGACCACCCACGCCCCGAGUCAUCCAGCUCCGCCAAAAGCCUAACCAUCAAGAUCCCCCCCACAACACCCACGGUGCACCCCCUCGAGGCCCUCUACAAGCGACCCAAGCAGCAGCAGCAGCAGCAGGACGCGAACGGGUCACCGGCACCAGCACAACAGGCCGAGGCCGAGCCGUUCAGCUUCUUCGGGCACGCCGAUGGUUCCGACGAGGAGAUGGGGGAGAGGGAGGAGGAGGACGGGGAGGGCGCCACGCUGCAGAUGCCGAUGACGCCCUUCACGCGCCAGGACUUCGAGUCCCGCGGCGUCAGGAGCGCCGCGCCCACCCCCGACACGGCGCACAUGAACCGCAGGUUUAGGCUGUGGCCGCGCGGGGAGGCGGGGGAGGGGAUUGAGGAGGGAGACGAGGACGAAAAAGAGGAAGACGAUGAUGAGGCCGAUGAGGACGACGACAGUCGUAGCGUGGAUGGUCCAUCUGGCGCCACCGCCGCAGCCGGGUCGAAGGGCCAGGAGGCAACGGCGACCGGCGACUUCCAGGAGUGGUUCUGGAACAACCGGGGCGAUUUGAACCGGUCGUGGAAGAGGCGGAGGAAGCUGGUGGGCAAGGAUAAGAGGUAUCAGGAGAACAGGGCCAGGGCAGAGCGGGCGAUCUGA